AUGAAUACGAAUCAAACAAUAAAUCAAAUGGACAAGGAAUUAAAACUUGUUCAUCAGGUAUAUCCUUUGAAUUUUACUAUACCUUUAAAUUUUACUACAGUAUUGAAAAUAUUUGAUUACGUACAGAUUAUUGUUGAUGUUACUAAAAUAUUUAUUAUUUAAUGAAUUUUUAAUGUGCAAAUUUUACAGUUCCUUAUAAACCAUGAUUUUGAAAAUACUGCCGAUGCAUUGAUGGUAGAAGCAACAAUAAAAGGUUUUAAACAUUGUAAGAAAGAUUUACAAGUCGAGGGCGAUAUUUACGAAAAUUGUUAUGAACAAUUGAUGUUCAGUUAUAAAACAGGAGAUUGGAGAACAUUCUUCAAUCUAUGGAAUUUGAUGAUAUCUGAAGAUGUUAGACAAACAAAAUCUUAUAAAAUUUUGAUGUUACAUAUAUAUGUAUAUUUUGCAAUGUUACCUAAACGCACAUCAAUGUUACAUUGGUACAAAGAAAAAGAAUUCUAUGACUGAAACAGAGAAGAACAUGAAUGAAUGUAUGGAACAGUUACGUAACUUUCUAAACACAACAGGUAAAGAAUUAGAAAAAGAUAGUGAAUUAAGACCUUAUUUUGCAUUACCUUUUAUGGAGGAUCCAUAUGCAGAACCGUUUCUUUCUAAAAUAUUUGAAAAAAGUUGGUCAGACAAACUAACAAAUCAUUUACAGCUAUUUCUCAAAAACUAUAAACAACAAAGUUUCAGUGAUACAAAGUAUAAUGAUGAAAAUUCAAACAAAUUUUCUUCAAGUUAUACAUCUUUAUCAGAAGAUCCUAAGAAAGAUGUAAUGACAAAAAAGACAAUUAAGAACACUAAUGUACCAAUCAUACCAAAUGAUAGAAACAUUCCAAUGUUCCUAGAAAAUGAUGAACUCGAAGGACAAUUUAAUUUGUAUGACAGUAUGAAACAUAGUCAAAAGUCAAAAAGCAUACAGACAAUAUCAAUAAAUUCUUCAAAAGAAGAUAUGUGUUCAUCACAUUUUACCAGAAAGAAUAAAAAAUUGAUACAGUGUACUCAAGAAUUGGCGGUAACAAAAUCUCAUUUAUGCAGUGUCCAUUCAAAUUAUGAAAAAUUAAAAGUUAGAUUUUAUAAACUGCACGCUGAUUAUCAUAAACUGAUGAGCAUUGCAAGAGUAUUAACAACUGCUUUAGAAGAUUCAGUAAAAGGACAAGCAAUUGAUUUCCAGGCUAUGUUAGAGACUUGCAUAAAAAUCUUCCCAGAUUUGUUUAAUCAAAAUAUAAAAGACAGUUCACAUUGUUCAUCAGAAUUAUUCUUAAAUAAAUCUCGUUCUAAUAUGAAAACUAUUGAAUAUUCAAACUCGUACAAUAUAUUCAUUCCCCCAAAAUUAUUGGAUUUCAAGAAAAUCAAGUUACAUCUGAUUAACGGAAGUAUUAAAACCAAACUAUUCCUUUUGCAAGCGCUAAGAAGAAAAAUAACAUUCAGUCAACCUGGAGAGAGAGAUGAAACAGUGCAUGAAUAUAUAAGUAGAGACUUGUUAGGACUUCAUAGUCAAAUUGCCAGUUACAGAGGCAAAUCUAUACUGCCAUAUUUAUUAACUCCACAAAAUAUUAUCAUACCACAUCCUUUACAGCAAUCAGUCGCAAGAUUAUUGAACGCAUUGGCGUCGUUUAGAUGUGGAAGAGACUAUUUAUCAUUUGAUUCUACUGUCGUUGAUAUGGUAUUCAAGUGCCUGAAUAGUAUUUCUAAUAAUGAUAUAGACACAUUGACUUGCAACAUGAUGAUUGCAAUGUUACAAAAGUUAUCUUUACGUAAACAGCAAAGAAUUUAUAUGAUAGAAAAUGGAUUAGUGGAAUGGUUGAUCCAUCAUCUGUAUGAUCAGUGUCGUGUUAUGGAUUCUUAUCGACUGGAAUACGCUACAGCUCUUUUGAUGAAUUUAUCGUUACAUCAAGUAGCUCAAAAAAGAGCGUCAGCUCUAGCGCCUCUACUUAUUUCAACAUUAGUUGAUUUGCUUUUAAUGGAUCAUAUAUCGGCAUUGCCAUACAUUAAUGGGGCCUUAAACAACUUCUUAACCAAUCCCGCGAUCAACGAAGAAGCAAGACGAAUAAAAUUUUCGUCUAUGAUAGAACAGUACAGUAAAUACAAAACUGGAGAAAUAAGGAGGAAUUUGAUGUAUUGGAAAGUCAACUGGAAGAGAAUGAUCCAGUAAAGAAUAAUUACGGAGAAUUGUGUGGAGAAUCAUUAUUAGAAUCAUGUUAUACAAUUUUACCAACGUCAAUUAACGAAAACGAGAUAAUAUCCGAUGAACUAUCAUUCCGACAAUUUAAAACAGAGGCAACAGACUCUGCCAUGCAUAAUAAUCAAAUUAAGAGUUUAUCUUCUGAACGCGAAUCGAUGCAACAUGGAGAGACUUUACCAAGAAAAUUGCCAAACAAAAAACUUAACGUGAAAACUAAAAAUAAUAUUAUAGUACUACAAAAUUCUGGUAAAAAGACAAUAUCGUAUCGAAAAUCGCAGCCACGUGUAAUCGAAUUAAAGUAUUUUUCGACAAAGGAUCGACAAAUUUCUAAACUGCAAAUUGCAGAGAACAAAAGGUGGAACUCAAAGAAUGAUAAGAGUUUUGUAAAAGAAACUCAUAACGAAAGUACCAUGUAUCUCUAUGAAAAUCAUACUUCGAAGAACACCGAAGAUAGCAAUAAAAUUGCAAACGACAAAACCUCAUGGACGCAAGAGACAAUAUCGGAUACGGAAGAUGCAUUUUUAGCCAAGCCAAAACUUGCACGAACUCCACCCAUACUUUCAUCACGCUUGCCCAGCUCAUUGAGAGUAUCAAUAAUAACCAGAAUAUGUACUGGCAUGUCCUGGCACAUAGCUGCUGCUGCUCCGGUAUCUUCUCAACAAUGGGCCAUCCACGUAACUGUUACCGCUGAAGCUACUGUGUAAUCCAGACAUGGACGAAUAACCAAUUGGUGAGCUGCUGUGAUACAGGUUCAUAAUGCUUGGCUUACUUUUGUAACCUCCAACAACCUUGCUAAGAUAGGAAGAAGGUCCACCGGGAUAAAGUUGACUGGCGAUACUGCUUGGCCUGGCUUCUUUAAUCGUAGCCAGUUUCCCACCGCUUUUACCGUAAUUAUUAAGCAAGUAAUCAAGCUCUUGCUCCUUAGAGAGAUAGUUCAAACCUGCAGUGGAGGUGUAAUCACCCAGAUACUUGUUAUACUUGUAUUUACCGGAACCAUAAGCUGCAGCUGCAGCUCCCCGAACAUUGCUGAAAGGGCUACUCCCAGAGUUGGACAAGAACAUGGAAGAGGGGUAAUCGCGGCCCAUACUGCCGUGACUUCCUCGCACGUAGCGAGUAUCAGGGUGCAUCGAGUAGAUCUCAUUCACAAACUUGCUGCUUCCUCCGAUACCGAAAGCAUUCUCCUUCUGCUUUCCGUACGAAUAGUCGCCGUUAGAGCUGCCGAAGAGGUUGGAGACCUCCCUGUUGAAAGUUGGAUCCACACUGUCCAUGAAUCCUGCGCUUUGAGACGUGUGACCCCUGAAAGGAUCUCCGGAAUAGUCGCCUCUGAAGGUGGAAGCUUCUAUGCCCAGUUCCGGAUAGCUUCCUGUACUAGUAGCACCGGGCACGUUAUCGGAGAAUCUCAUGUAAGAAAGAUUCUUGUGCCUGUUGGUAGCGGACAGUUGAUCGAAAUCCGACGCGACUUGAUCGCUGCCCUGCGUGUAAGCUUCGAAAGUCGAAUCUCCGUUGUUGUUGUUGCCAUUGUAGUUAUCGAAACUGGACUGGGCAGCGUUGCUGGACAUGUAAGGGACCGAGGCGAGAUUCUCGCGAGUGGCAGUGGUGGUGUAACUACUAGGGAAACCAGCGUUGUGGGAACUGGGUGAAAAUCCGGUGUAAGAGUUGCUUCUUAAACUUUCCUCGUGGCUCGUUUGGCUCCUGCUGUUGGUCAACGAGUGUCCACUAUUUGCCCCGCCGUAAAAGUCCAUGUUUUCUCGGUGGCCUUCUUUACUGGGUACGUAGGCACCGUUGAUGAUGUUGCUGUUGUAUUCGAAGCCAUUGCUCUCCCCGUUGAUAGAAUAGCCUUCACAAAGAAAGAUUCUUUAUUUGCAGACAGAAGGUUUUUUUAAACAGAACAAUUUCUUUGUGAUAGCGAGAUUAAGAAGAAGAAUUUUUAAGUUUAAGAUAUACGUACUGUUGACCGGUGUUGCUGGCUCUGCGCGGGUUAGCAGGACGCAACCAAAAAUUACUAUACUCUGA